AUGGCGCUGCUUGCCAGACCAGAAGGUAUCUCUGGCGAUUGCUUGGAGCUGCUGGACGAGAUCGAGGAUGCUCUCAAGCCGUACCUCACCACCAACAAGAAGCCGCCACUUUCGCUCGAGGAGCUCUUCGUCAUAUCGCUGCUCUUCAAUCCUGGGAUCACCUUCGAUGAAUGUGUGCAAUGGUUUCUGAGCGAGAUCCCACAAUAUCGAAAGCUUGCUAUGUGUGACUUCGUCGCAGAUGGACUGAGUCCUUGGGGACGUAGUCCGGGGGCACUCAACAGUCGCUUCUUCGACAAGGUCAAAGAAUUGGAGUACUGUUCCUACGUGCCAGUCUCAUCGACUACCAAGACGGAUGAAGAUGGGCGCAAGGAGAAACAUCUACAUGCUCUUCCGCACGAGUCCCGGCUUUUCCUUCGGAGCUUCCUAGCGACCCGCUCCACCACUGUCCAGCACAAGGCGCCAUUCCCCUUUAUGCGCUUACCGACAGAACUUCGACUACGCAUCUACGAGCUUGUGUUGAUGUUUCCCAAGAGCGGCGUCUCCAUUCGCCAAAUAGGGAACAACGCCCCAAACGUGUAUGUGGCGACGAGGGACAUGAACGAGGUGGAUGAUACGCUAUGGCAGCAGAAGAUGCCGCGCGCAGCGGCUGAUUUCUGCUACUGGUAUCGAGAUCCCUUGACGCUCUAUUGCCACAAGCUCCCACAACACCUGGCCAUUCUCCGAACAAGCAAGACUAUCUUCUUCGAGUCAAUGCCCGUCUUCUAUCAGCAGAACAAGUUCGUUUGUCUCGAUCUGUCCAGCCUACGGCGGGUGCUACGUCGGACGCCCGAAACCCGCAGAGCGCACAUCCGCCACAUCACCUUCAAGCUUGAUGCACCAGAGUACGGCCGCAUCUCUAUGGCGGAUAUCGCCAGCUGCAUGAGAGUGCUGAGGCGUAUGCGACUACGCACUCUCGAGAUCACCAUGUUCGAAGACGUGUGGAGCGGAGAGAGAAAGCGUGAUGGAAGUUUGAAGUUCCCUCCACUUCUCCAGCUCGAGCCGAUCAAAGUGCUGCGGACGAUGAGAGGUCUGCAGAGCGUCAAGUUCCACGGCGAGUGUCCUACUGUGCGUGAUCAUCUUGCUGCUGAGAUGAUCAAGCCAGUGCCGGGCAAAGCUGGAACGGCGAAGAAGGGCAAAGGUGGAAGCAAGCGCAAAGCUAUCGAUGCCGUUGACAAGGAGGAAGGUCAGGGAGUGAAUAAGGCGAAGAAGGGCAAGAAGAACGCGGCAUCGUCGAGCUGGACCACGAGCUUGAGUAUCAGAGAGAGCGGAUGA